AAAAAAAAAUUUUUUUCCCGCCGCGGCUUCAUUUCCCCUCCAAACAUCUCAGGUUAUGCAUCCCAAAAGCAUACCCGGAUCUCCCGCCGUGAAAGAAAAGGGCUGACCUCCGUCAUCCCUCUGGUUCCCAGUUCGCCUCUCCACCUGAGCCCACUCGUCUCGGCCACACUUCCAUUCUGCUUCGUGGGCCACGCUCGACCCACCACCGCCCCUCCCCCCCUGCAUCAGGAGCCGUCUUCAUCCGGGCCCCAGAGCCUUGUCAAAGCCAAUCACGCCCCCUGGCUGAGGGCCAAACCCAAUGGCUACAGGUGGUCAUGUCCCUGAGAUAGACGUUCUGAUCAACCUGCAUCAGGCAAGGGAGGCUGACGAUCAUGAGGAAGAAUCACUGGAUAAACAGAAAGAAGAGGAGGAGGACUGGGAGAAAGCACUUUCUGUGGAGUGCUUUGCCGACAUCAUCAGUGACUCUGCCUCCGCCAGUGCUGACAAGAUGGGACGGAAUUACACCGAAAAAGAUUUUGAGUAUCACAGACACACGAUUCACCACAUACAUCACCCCUUAUCCACCCACUUGCCCGUACCCCAGCGCUUACGCAAGCGGGUGCACAGCAUGGACCGCCGGCGCCGAAAGAAGCGGAAGAAAAAAAAGACCUCCCUACCACCCUCUGAAGUUACACCCACCAUCCAUGAGGUAGACGAGGAGGAGGUCGAGCCUGAAGUUGACCCACAGAAGGUGGCCACAGACUUACCCAGCAUUGAAGCACAGAUUACCAAAUGUUAUCUGCCGUGCUAUCUCUACUUCGAGGACAACUGUCCAACUGUCUGCAAAUGCAAGGCCCGCUGGCACUUUGAGAGAGAUGAUGGACAACCGUGGUCUCGUCCCAGCGCCGUCAACAGCUGUUUUUGA